GAUUUCUUUCUCAUCUUUAUUUUGCUACUUCACUACCUCAGCAUCUUCUUGCCGAGGGAGGAAAGAAAAGAGGAGCAUUUCAAUAGCUCAACCGGGUAUGAGUCCAUUCAUGAGAUUCUUCUCUGUUCAUUUGGACUGAAACUCAUUGCUUACUUGUAAGUUCAUCUGUUAAUGUGCAUUUCUUUCUUUUUAUUGGCACCCAAUUGAAUUCUGCUUCUACCCAUUUCUUCACUCUAAGAAGAGAGCUUGUAACAAGCUCCGAUUCUCGUUAACGUUAAACCCAGUGGUAUUUUGCUGCUAAAUUUAGGCAAACUCAUUAAAUUUUGAUUUUGGGGUCUGGAUUUGUUGAGGAAGCGAUGAUUUUUAUGGGCUGACUGGUUUUUUAAGGAUUGGGUUGUGGGUUUUGCUUGAAAUUGAGGAUUGAAUGGAGGGUCUGCAAAUAGUGAAUUAUCCCAGAUGAUAAUUUCGCUGCAAAACUUCCAAAUUCUCAGAGAAAUUGAUUCUCCAGUCUGGGUUUGUUGAGGAAAAUGAUGGGGUUUUAUGGACUGACUCAUGUUUUAGGGGUUUUGAAGGUGAUUUUUGCUUGAAAUUGUGGAUCGGAUGGAGGGUCUGCAAAUAGGGAAUCAUCCCACCACUCAGGAUUCACAGAUAAGAGUCCCAGUGGAGGAUGAGUAUAAGCCUGCUGAGUGCCUGCAAUCAGCACAAAUCCAAGUGGGUGCUGGAGAAAUUGCGGCAGCAAAACCCCCAGAUAGGAUUAAAAGGGAUGAAUGGAGUGAAGGAGGGGUGAUGAGCUUGCUUGAUGUUUAUGAAGCAAAAUGGCUGCUUAGGAAUCGUGCUAAGUUGAAGGGAAGCGAUUGGGAGGAGAUAGCCCAGCAGGUUUCAGUCCGAUGUUUUGCCACAAAGUCUGCAAAGACUCCCAAUCAAUGUAAGAACAAGAUAGAAUCCAUGAAAAAACGCUACCGGGCAGAAUCAGCUGUUAACAACUCUGUUUCCACCUCUUCCUGGCAAUUCUAUGCCAGGAUGGAUGGAUUAUUGAAAGGAACUUACUGUUGUCAAUCCAAGGUUGACGAUUGUGUCAAUGGUGUGCCUGAGUCUGGUUUGCAUCCUCUGUCGAAAGUAGAAAUUGAUGAUACUACACAGCAUGUUCUGCAAUGGGUUAAUGACAAUGGACCUAUCCAUCCGCAGAACCUUGGGAAGCCUUUAAAUUGUGAGAUUGUUGAUGUAGAAGCUGAUGCACAUAUGCAAGACAGCAAUCAAGAUGAUGAGUCUAAUGCACUUCCCAAUAACAGGAAAUCCAGUAGGGUAACAGACAGUGAUGAAAGUACCCCAAGGAGCAAGAUUGCCAACAUGGGAGAAGGGUCUGGCAAGGUCAACCCAUUUAAGAGAAGGAAGAAUUCGAGCAGCAAUGUGGCAGAAAGUAUAAGGUUGCUUGCGCAUUCUCUCUUGAAGAUUGAGCGGGCACGGAUGGAAAUGUAUAAGAAUUCAGAGCGUCUGAGAGCUGAGGCAGAGAUCAGGAGGAGUGAAAUGGAGCUUAAGAGGACAGAAAUAAUAGCUAAUACUCAAUUGCAGAUUGCUAAGCUUUUAGCUAGGAGACCACGUAAUCAAAAGAAUAAUGGUGGAAGUUCAUCAUUGAGAGCUGAACCAACUGUUCCCACAAGCACUGAGGGGAGUGGGUGAUGAAUGCUGAUUAGUAGGGAAUGGCAUAAAGAAGAAACUUCAAUGUCAGUUUUUUUUAUCGCAAGCGUAACUUGGCCCAGGGUGAUCUGAGCAUGUAUCAGUUAUUUGUAUUUUAUGCCAAAUUCUAGUAAUUCCAAAUAUA